UCGUGGAUUGUCGGUUUUAGAUUAAUGCUGUGAAGUUAGUCUCGUGUACCUGAAAGUGAUCUAUCCGAAUGUUAAAUACAGAUUAGUGGGCGCCACUGAGGUGUGUAAAUUAACGGUGAGCGCGCUUUCAUUGUUGACGCUCACCAACGUGCGCGCACUUGCCAACGUCAAGUUUCCGCCCUCUUCCCUUGCUGACCAAUCACUUUUCCCCAUCUACUCCAUUCUUCCGGUAUUAUGGCCGCUUGCAGUGUAAGGGACAACGAGUGUGAAAUGUUAUGAUUAUGAAAAGUUUUCGGUGAAACAGGUGGAUUAAGGAUGCUCGUAAACGUGAUGUUACGGUUUCCCGUCUGUCGGCCGUCAGUUCGGGCAGUGCUUCACUGUCAGAGGCGCUUUAGCAAGAUAGAGGCAUCCCCUGCUCUGUCUGAGCGUGUGCGUGUGUUUGAGUCUCUCAGAGAGAGGCAGGGACAGCAGAGGACAAGCGGCACCAUGAAACAGGCCUUCAGCGUCCGAUUGGCUGAUGGCAGGACGAUGAAUGGCACCACAGGCGUGACCACACCGUCAAUCAUCGCUCAAAACGCACGGUUAGCCUCUCAGAUUGUGAAAGGUGCUCUGGUCUGCAGGGUGAAUGGAGAGCUGUGGGAGCUGCUUCGCCCCCUGGAGGCUGACUGUGAACUACAGCUGCUAGGCUUCAACACCACAGAGGGCAAACAGGCGGUGUGGAGGACAGGAGCGUGUGUUGUGGGGUGGGUGUUAGAAAGGGUGUUUGGGGUGGAUAUGUGCAGAGAGGGUGUGUCAGAGUCCGGCCUCUACUGUGACCACCUCCCGGAGAACAGUGCCCUGUCCCUAGCUGAGCUAGAGGAGAGAUGUAAGGAGGCCGCUGGCCAGAGGCUUCCUCUCUCCAGACUGGAGCUGAACAGGCAGGAAGUUACAGAGGUCUUCCAGGACAAUGCUCUGAGACUCCAGUUGAUUGAAGAACAGAUGAGUGGUCCUACUGUCACAGUCUACAGGUGUGGAGACAGCAUAGGAGUCUGCAAUGGUCCUCUCCUCCCUAACACUGGUCUCCUCAAGGUCUUCAAGAUGCUGCAGGUGUCUCCUGUAACGUUGACCUCUCUGUAACGUUGACCAAUCCUGUUGGCACGUCAGGCGUGAUGCGUGUGAUGGGUGUGGCCUUCCCUGGAGAGAGGGAGAGGGAGGAGUGGGAGAGGGAACAGGAGGAGACACGGAAGAGAGACCACAGACGCAUCGGCAAGGACCAGGAGCUGUUCUUCUUUAAUGACGUCAGUCCUGGAAGCUGCUUCUUCCUGCCUAAAGGAGCUCACAUCUACAACACACUCGCUGACUUUAUCAAAG